AUGUAUACUUAUAGUAAUGUAUUUGAACCAGAACCUUACCUUUAUGAAUUUGAAUUGAGUGAACAACUCGAAGAAAAGUGGAAAUGUGGAAUAGAAAAAGGGAUUUCUAUGUUUUUAAGUGACAAUCAGGAAAGCAUAUAUUCAUUCUCUUGUGAAUUGACAAAAGAAGAUAAAAUAGGGAGUUUAUCGAUUACUUUACAUCUACCAAACUUUCCAAAAACUAUUGAAGAAAUGAAAAUUGCCCGUUAUGUAUUUCAACAAAUUUUUACUUGUACCUUUAAACAAGCUAAUUUUCAUAACGUCAUAUUUAAUCCUCAAAUGAUUGAAUUGUUAUUUGAUGAUAAUAUAACAAAAAUGCCUUUGCAAAUUCAUACACGACAGGCCUGGCUGCUAAUUUUCGCUGAUUACUAUGAUAAGAAUCUUUUAUUAAAAUGUAUCUUGCAUCAUAUACUUUCCAAUAAUUUCAUUCCAAUUUUUCAUUCCAUCAGAAGUGAUCAAGCCUUCGAAGUUUUAUUUAAAAUUUUGACAAAUGGAGGAAAUAAAUUUUCUAAAGUUUCUCAAUCAAUGGAAGUUUAUUUUAAACAAGAUUUUAGAGAAGAUUUUAAAGAAGAUUUUAGAGAAUAUUUGAGAGAACACUCAGAAAACUUGACAAAACUUUACAAUCAUCUUAUUGAGCAUAUAGUAGAAACAGAAGACAUAUCUAAAAUGGUGAAGGAAUUAGGAUUCUAUCUUGAAAAAGAACCUACUAUUAUAAGUAAAAAGGCAAAAAAUAUCGAAAUUAAAGUUGAGGUUUAUGGCGAGAAUGAUUGGUUUUAUAUAGGAGGUUGGGAAUCGUUUUCUUCAUUACUUUCUUCCUCCCUUGACAUGACAUAA